AUGCUUGCUUCCCAGGCCAUUAAACAAGCACGCCUCCUCCCAGUCAUCUGCCGCAGUUUUGCUGUACUCACCGCAAACACAAUCAAUCCCAACAUUGUAAAGGCCGAGUAUGCAGUGCGUGGCGCGCUGGUGCUGCGCUCUAACGAGUACGACAGUCGUCUGGCCCGUGGUGAUAAAUCGCUUCCUUUUGACAAAAUUAUUCCUUGCAACAUUGGAAACCCACAAGUGCUCGAACAGAAGCCUAUUGAGUUUCACCGCCAGGUGCUGGCGCUUGUCAAUGUACCUGGCAUGGUAGAUCGACCAGAAGCGCAGAAGCUUUUCCCACCAGAUGCAAUUGCACGCGCCAAGUUUUAUAUUGACAAUAUUGUGGGCGGCACUGGUGCUUAUGGCCACAGUAAAGGCACACCUAUCGUGCGCGAGGAGGUUGCACGCUUCCUACAACGUCGCGACGGCCACUCGGCAGAUCCCGAGGACAUUUUUCUCACAGACGGAGCCAGUCCGGCUGUACAGAAUUCGUUACUGUCUCUGAUCCGCGAUGAAAACGACGCAAUUUUGGCUCCCAUUCCUCAAUAUCCUUUAUACUCAGCGACCAUCGCUAUAAACGGUGGUACUCUGACUGGGUACUACCUGGAUGAGGCAAAUGCCUGGGGCCUUGAUGCCGCGGAGCUGGCACGCGCAGUCAAAGAAGCUCGUGAUGCGGGUAAGACUGUGCGUGCAAUGGCUGUGAUCAAUCCAGGAAACCCAACUGGCCAGUGUCUGUCGGAAGAGAACAUCGAGGCGAUCAUCAAGUUUUGCAAGAAGGAGUCCAUCCUUAUCUUAGCUGAUGAAGUAUACCAGGAAAAUGUGUACGCUGAAGGCAAGAAAUUUUUCUCGUUUAAAAAAGUUCUUCGUGACUUGGGUAGAGAGUAUGAUGAUGUAGAGCUUAUUUCGUUUCACUCGACUUCCAAGGGCUUCACGGGCGAGUGUGGUCGCCGCGGUGGCUACAUGGAACUAGUCAACAUUGAUGAGAGUGCAAAAGAUCAGUUUUACAAGCUCAUGUCCAUAAAUUUGUGCUCAAAUAUCGAGGGUCAGCUAAUGGUUGGAAUGAUGACCAAUCCACCGCAGCCCGGAGAUGCAUCGUACCAGCGCUACAUUGAACAGCGGGACGACACGCUAAACUCGCUCAAGCGUCGUGCAAUGAAGCUCGUUGAGGCCUUGAACAAACUAGAGGGUGUCACCUGUAAUGAGACAGAGGGUGCUAUGUAUACAUUUCCAAAUGUCACGCUUCCGUUGAAUGCUGUUGAGGCCGCCAAGGAAGCAGGUAUGGCGCCGGACGCGUUCUAUUGCAUGCGAUUGCUAGAUGAGACAGGGAUUGUAGUGGUGCCUGGCUCAGGAUUUGGCCAAAAGGAGGGAACCUGGCACUUUCGUACGACGAUACUGCCACCUGAGGCGGCUGUGGACGCUGUGAUCAAAAAGAUGACCAAAUUUCAUGCCGACUUUAUGGACAAAUACCGGAAGAUUCGCAACUAUUCCGGGUGUGCCUCUACUAUGAUACCGCGCUUGCCUCUACGACUAUCUGUCGUUCCGCUGUCCACCAGAGAUUAUCAACAGCGACGAAAAGUGUUACGACAAAAAAUUGCGGCGCUACAACGAGCACUAGCCGAAACGCCUCAAGCCUCGCCACAAAAACUGAUGCAUUUAUCAAUAGCGAAAUCCAAGCAGUGUACUAAGGCGUCUACGUUAUCAUCGCCAAGGUCAAAACUAUUGCGUAAGACAAGUAAAAUGAAGCAUCACAACCAAAGCUAUCUAGAAAAGGGUGAGAACAGAGAUAGUAACAUAAAGUGGGAAAAAGGGCGGCGUGAUACCUCAGUGAGACGACUGCCGUUGGCGAUAACAGAGUCUUUAAAAACUCGAUUGUCACAAUUUGAAGGUUUCUCUUUUGAUGAAGGUUUCUCUUUUGAUGUCUCAUACAACGAGACGCCAGAUGACAUAGAGAAGCUAGACCGAGCAAGAGCGCUCAGUAAGCCGCUAGAUAGGCGACGGGAACCGCCGAUGUGUGCAGGAAAAAGACCGGUGCAGUUGGUGGACGAUGUUGAGAGAGAAGUCGAUAGUGAGUUUGCUACUCAUUUAAAUGCGGUGAUCAAGGCUCGCUCUAGAGGAAAAGUAUUCAAUCCUUCAGCUACAUCUGCACCAAGUGAUGUGUCAGGAGUUCGCGCUGCAUCAGGUGAAAAGCAUUCAGUGCAUGCAAUCUCUCCAAAACCAAAUCCAAAAGAUCAAGUUCCCGAUGCGUCGAUAGAACAGCUAGAUCAACAGAUAAAUAAUUGCGCUGAAGAUGAACACGCAAAGGUCUGUGAGCAACGUGAAUCUUUGUCCGAUUUCCAAGUAUUUUGCGUCUCCUUCGCAAAAGGUGGCUCUGCGGCUGCAACCACUACCCUAUUAAAGCGGAAACACUCCCAAGCGUUCAAAUCGGACGCCGGAUUAUCGAAUGAUGGCGCUGGUACCACACAACAAUUUAUGAAACAUCCUCGAAUUCGAAAUGAUCGUGCCGAGCACGUUUUGGACAAUGCCGUGGCUGUAGAUCUUAAGAUUAUAAACAAACGCACGUACGAUGAAGCUUUUGUAUCAGAUCCCGAACAUAAAGUUGAUGAGGCAGUGGCAGCGCAGCAGCAUACGGAGAAGCAAUACCAGGAUCAAAUCUUUUCAGAACAAGAUAGGCCUAAGACAAUGUCACCACAGGUUGUUAGGCGAAUUUCUUUUGAUGAUGAGGUUAGCGCGUUAGCUGCGCCUGCUUCAGACAAUUUGAGCAGGAGCAGAAUCGUAAAGCGCAAGCAUCGGCAAGCUUUUGGCAUGGGCAACGAUGACAAGGAUACAAAGAGUGAUUUAUCUCCUUGA